UGUCGGAGCCGUUUGCCGGUGCCAGGCACGUGAACUUCACAAUCUCUAUGCCGAGAUCUAAUGUCAUUAAAUUCGCACAAGGUUAAACAUGAGCUACCGACAAAAACUUUUCAUUUCAUGUGGGUUUUACACCUGUCUCUGGGUCUAAGUCUGAGAAUGACUAUAGACGUGAAGUGUUGCCUUAACUGUCAGAGACUUGGAAUCAUUAGAAUUGUAAAAUUAUACACAAGAUCAGAAAGAAGAAGGAAGAAAGUCGUUUUCAAAUAAUGGUUUUCAUUUGCAACAAAAAGUGCUCACUUUUCUGUUUGUUCAUUAGUGUCUGGGGCACCAUCCAGUUGCUAUUGAUGGGCGUGUUCUUUUCAACACACUCCCUUGCCUUUAUCCCAUAUAUACCAGUUAAGGAUAGCUACGAUAGUUUGGAUGAAUUUCGUGAGGAUGCCGAUGUCGCCUUCAAUGAAGUUGCUUAUCGCUGCUAUGCGAGUGCCGUUCUCUAUGGAUUAUUUGCGAUUCUCUCUCUGAUCUGUAUACGUUUGAAGAAGAUACAGAUGAUAAAUAGACAAAAUCGAGCUAUACGUUUCCAGUCUGCAGUCUAAAAUAUUCUUGAUUAUAUAUUAUAUUAAGCCUAAUGCAUGAAUAUAUAUAACUUAAAAAUAA